GGAAAAUUUACUGGAGGAAGUUUACUGGAAUAAAAUGGAGGCCUCAGUAAUAUUACCCAUUCUGAAGAAAAAACUAGCCUUCCUUUCAGGAGGAAAGGACAGACGAAGUGGCCUCAUUCUGACAAUUCCUUUAUGCCUGGAACAGACAAAUAUGGAUGAGCUUAGUGUCACCUUAGACUACCUACUCAGCAUUCCAAGUGAAAAGUGUAAGGCUAGAGGAUUUACCGUGAUUGUGGAUGGCAGAAAAUCCCAGUGGAAUGUGGUGAAAACAGUAGUCUUAAUGCUACAGAAUGUUGUUCCAGCUGAAGUGUCCCUUGUUUGUGUAGUGAAGCCAGAUGAAUUCUGGGAUAAGAAAGUAACACAUUUUUGUUUUUGGAAGGAAAAGGAUAGACUUGGCUUUGAGGUUAUUUUAGUGUCUGCCAAUAAAUUGACUCGUUAUAUAGAACCAUGCCAGUUAACAGAAGAUUUUGGUGGGAGUCUCACCUAUGAUCAUAUGGACUGGUUAAAUAAGAGGCUGGUUUUUGAGAAGUUUACAAAGGAAUCUACAUCAUUAUUAGAUGAACUUGCUUUGAUUAACAAUGGAAGUGAUAAAGGAAAUCAGCAAGAGAAAGAAAGGUCUGUGGAUUUAAACUUUCUUCCAUCAGUUGAUCCUGAAACUGUUCUUCAGACAGGACAUGAAUUGUUAUCCGAAUUACAGCAGCGUCGAUUUAAUGGCUCAGAUGGAGGGGUCUCGUGGUCUCCUAUGGAUGAUGAACUGCUAGCACAGCCACAGGUUAUGAAAUUAUUAGAUUCACUGCGAGAGCAAUAUACCCGCUACCAGGAAGUUUGUAGGCAACGUAGUAAGCGUACACAGUUAGAAGAGAUUCAGCAGAAGGUGAUGCAGGUUGUGAACUGGCUUGAAGGGCCUGGAUCAGAACAGCUGAGAGCCCAGUGGGGGAUUGGAGACUCCAUUCGGGCUUCCCAAGCCCUACAGCAGAAGCACGAAGAGAUUGAGAGCCAGCACAGUGAAUGGUUUGCAGUUUAUGUGGAACUUAAUCAGCAAAUUGCAGCACUCUUAAAUGCUGGGGAUGAGGAAGAUCUUGUGGAACUGAAGUCGCUGCAGCAACAACUUAGUGAUGUUUGUUAUCGACAGGCCAGUCAGCUGGAAUUUAGGCAGAAUCUCUUACAAGCAGCUCUUGAAUUUCAUGGUGUUGCCCAAGAUUUGUCUCAGCAGUUGGAUGGCUUAUUAGGGAUGUUGUGCGUAGAUGUAGCACCAGCUGAUGGAGCAUCGAUUCAGCAAACUUUAAAACUGCUUGAAGAGAAGCUGAAAAGUGUUGAUGUAGGAUUGCAAGGUUUGCGUGAAAAAGGUCAAGGUCUUCUGGAUCAGAUCUCCAAUCAGGCAUCCUGGGCCUAUGGAAAGGAUGUAACCAUUGAAAAUAAAGAAAAUGUGGACCACAUACAAGGAGUGAUGGAAGAUAUGCAGCUUAGGAAACAAAGAUGUGAAGACAUGGUAGAUGUGCGAAGAUUAAAGAUGCUUCAGAUGGUGCAGUUGUUUAAAUGUGAAGAAGAUGCUGCCCAGGCAGUAGAAUGGCUAAGUGAACUUCUGGAUGCUCUUCUUAAGACCCACAUCAGAUUGGGUGAUGAUGCUCAGGAAACAAAAGUUCUACUGGAGAAGCAUAGAAAAUUUGUUGAUGUUGCCCAGAGCACUUAUGACUAUGGAAGACAGUUGCUACAGGCUACAGUUGUGCUGUGCCAGUCUUUGCGCUGCACCUCUCGAUCAUCUGGGGAUACACUUCCUCGACUGAACAGAGUAUGGAAACAAUUUACCAUAGCAUCUGAAGAGAGGGUACAUAGGCUGGAAAUGGCUAUUGCAUUUCACUCAAAUGCUGAAAAGAUUUUGCAAGACUGUCCAGAAGAGCCUGAAGCUAUUAAUGAUGAGGAGCAAUUUGAUGAAAUUGAAGCAGUUGGGAAAUCGCUUUUAGAUAGACUAACAGUUCCUGUGGUUUAUCCUGAUGGAACUGAACAAUAUUUUGGGAGUCCAAGUGACAUGGCUUCUACUGCAGAACACAUCAGAGACAGGAUGAAACUAGUUAGUCUCAAAAGGCAGCAGCUGAGACAUCCCGAAAUGAUGACUACAGAGAGCUAAUAGCUGCCUUCUUCCCGCAGAUCUGCAGUUCAUAAUCCCGCAUGUCGUUGGCAUACUGCAGCAUCGGCUACAAUAUGUUAAGAUGCAUUUCACAGCCAGGAUAAGCCUCAUUUCUUUCCAUUACACGUUUCUCUCCAUGUGUUAACAUCUUGUAACUACCAAGGCAGAAUUAUUUAACAUGCUUUGAGACCAUAGACUCCAAGUAUCUUAAAAGAAGGAACUGUAAACAUUGCACUGAAAACUUGCUUUAAAGCUUUACCUGACCUGUCAGUUUGUAGAUGAAUAACUGAUAAUAAGCUUUGAAUGGUGCUAAUAAGAGUUUAGGAAUUCUCUCUAUAAAAAAUGGUUGCCCUUCCUCCCCAAGUGAUGUAGUAAAUUUAGACUAUAGUUAAACUGUUAUUAGUAGACAGUGGUGUCCUCAAAAUUUUACUUUGUAAUUCUCCUUCAAAAUUGAUUAUUUUUAUUGUGUCAGUAUGAAGAAAACCUUCAGAUUUUUGAUAUAUCAUAUUCAUUAAAAAACAUUUUCCUAUUUGUACUGAUAAUGUAUAAAAGAUGUUUGUGCUUAAUAAAAGGCUUCUUUUAAACAUC